AUGUCUUCUGUUAACAAUCUGCUGUUGAUCAUUUGCCUCACAUUCAUAUUCUCGCCAUGCAUCUCUGCUGCGAGUGAUUCCAAGGGUUUUUCUACAAAUCUUAUUCAUAUUCAUUCGCCAUCCUCCCCAUACAAGAAUGUCAAAGCAGAGAGCCUGGCCGAGGACACUGCUCUCAAGAGCACGCUCUCGCGGCACGCUUAUAUGAGGGCCAGGCAACAAAAAGCCCUGCAGCCGGCGGACUUUGUGCCCCCUCCUCUUAUUCCUCAGGAGAUCAUGUUCCUAGCAAAUUUAUCCAUUGGUAAUCCACCUACGAAUGUGUAUGUCAUCCUUGACACCGGCAGUGACUUGUUCUGGAUUCAAUGUGAGCCUUGCGAUGUUUGUUAUAAGCAAAAGGAUCCCAUCUAUGAUCGGACCAAAUCCGAUUCUUUCACUGAAAUGGCAUGCGAUGCUUCUCUUUGCUUAAGUCUCGGAAGUGACGCCCAAUGCAGUGAUCCAGCUCAAAGGUUUUGUGUGUACAAAUAUUCUUAUGCAGAUGGCACCAGGACGUCGGGUCUCCUCUCCUACGAUGACGUCGCCUUCACUUCACAUUAUUCAAAUGAAGAUAAAACGGCCCAAGUAGGCUUUGGAUGCGGAUUACAAAAUUUGAAUACCCUGACAGGAUUCCGUGACGGCGGGGUACUAGGCCUUGGUCCUGGACAGGUAUCUUUGGUUUCCCAGCUCCCGGCAAUUGGUAAAGUUUCAAAAUCAUUCGCCUACUGUUUUGGCAACUUUAGUGAUCCAAAUGCGGGGGGCUUUCUCGUAUUUGGGGAUGAUACGUAUUUGAAAGGUGACAUAACGCCCAUGGUGAUAGAUGAGUUUUACUACAUCAAUCUCCUCGGCAUUGGCCUUGGCAUCGGAGAGCCGAGGCUUGACAUAAAUUCUUCUUCGUUUGAAAGAAAACCCGACGGAAACGGAGGCGUUGUCAUCGACUCCGGCACCACGCUGACUGCUUUUGUGCCAGAGGUGUACGAAGUGGUUAGAAAUGCAGUGGUAGACAAGCUACAAAAGGGAUACAACAUUAGGCCACUGAGGAGCAAUCCCGACUGUUUUAGAGGAAAAAUAGGAAGAGACCUGAAGUUCUUCCCAACCAUGAUACUUUACCUUGAGAGCACGGGCAUUCUGAAUGAUAAAUGGUCCAUAUUUCGGCAACGCUACCGUAAUGCAUUCUGCUUAGGAUUCACCAGUGGAGAUGGGUUAAACAUUAUUGGCAAUCUCGCUCAACAGUCCUAUAAAUUUGGGUUUAACCUUGAGCAGAGCACACUUAGCAUUGAGUCCAUGCCCAACUGUAGGCCUAGUUCGGCAUUUUCCAAUUAG